AUGAUGAGCGACCAUUUUAAAGAGAAGGGAACUACCGCUGGUUUCCUUUAUCUCGCCAUGCUCUCAAUGUGGAAAUUUCUGGUGGGCGUUGUGCUUGUCGUCACUUCGGCAACGCCGGGUGUCAGUGGCGAGUACCCCAACCCGGGACGGGUGACGGGCGACACGGCAGUGCACGAUCCCUCUGUCGUAAAGGCACCAAGCGGUUCAUACAUACUGGCAUACACCGGUGCAAACAUUGGCCUCAAGACAUCGACCGACCGCACCGCGUGGCACAAUGCCGGGGCUGCUUUCCCGAACGGAGCGCCGUGGACGAAGGCUUACACCGGAGGCGAUACGAACCUGUGGGCCCCGGAUAUCUCGUACCACAAUGGGAAGUACUAUAUGUACUACUCUGCCUCGACGUUUGGCUCCCAGAAAUCGGCAAUCUUCCUUGCCACGAGUGCCACCGGUGCGUCCGGCUCGUGGACCAACCAUGGGCUGGUGAUCGAGUCCUCAUCGGCCAACGACUACAAUGCCAUCGACCCGAACUUGAUCGUCGACGCCUCUGGAAAGUGGUGGCUUUCCUUCGGCUCGUUCUGGACGGGCAUCAAGAUGAUCUCCAUUGAUCCAGGCACUGGCAAACGUACGGGCACGAACCUGCUCUCUCUUGCCAGGCGCACUGAGGCAGGCGGUGCGAUCGAGGCCCCGUACAUCACUCGCCACGGCAACUACUACUACUUGUGGGUGUCCUUCGACAAGUGCUGCCAGGGUGCUGCCAGCACGUACCGCAUCAUGGUCGGGCGGUCGACCAGCGUGACCGGCCCGUACGUCGACCGUAGCGGUAGGCAGAUGCUUCAGGGAGGCGGUACUGAAGUUAUGGCAAGUCAUGGAUCCAUCCACGGACCUGGCCAUGAAGCUGUAUUCACGGACAACGAUUCCGAUGUGCUAGUAUACCACUACUAUGCCGACAGCGGAGCAUCGUUUCUGGGCAUCAAUCUCAUUCGCCUCGAUGACUACACAGCUCGUUGGAUUGUCAGUCAAGAGGUUGAGCUUUCCGGAAAGAAAAAAAUCUAA